AUGGCUUCGAGGUUCGGCUCCUCCUCCCUGCACCAGCGCGACUCGCGCAGCGACCUCUUCAAGGGCUACACCGGCGGCGCCGCCAGCCGGACAGUCAGCGCCAGCCCCAGCCGCCAGCAACAGCAACCACAACAGUUUGGAAACGGCGGCGUCGGCGGCUACGGGUAUGGCGGGUACCAGCCGGGUGGUGGUAGUGGUGGCUCCGGGCCCGGUGGGAGCGUCGGCGCCAGCGGGAGCAGCCAUCUAGGGGUUGCGGGGGGCGGCGGGUAUCGGCCAGCGACGCCGAAUCGGAACGACGCGGUGCUCAACGAGCUCGAGAGCCAGAAUGAUCAGCAGGUGGACGGGAUUUUGGGGAAGGUUCGGUUGCUGAAGGAUAUGACGGUGGCGAUUGGCGAUGAGAUCCGCGACUCGUCGGCCCUGGCGGAAAAGAUGAACGAUGGCUUCGACCAGACACGGCUGCGGCUGGGCCGGACCAUGAACAGGAUGAUGGUUAUGGCGGAGCGGACGGGCGUGGGCUGGAGGGUGUGGCUUGCGUUCUUCGCGGCGGUCAUCUUCUUGUUUGUUUACGUCUGGCUGUUCUAG